AUGGCCUCAACAAAACCCACCCAAGAUCAAAUUGAAGACGCCAUCCUCGCUUCCAGAUUCGGCGACUUGGACGACCUCAAAGCGUUCGUGGGCGAGUUCGGGAAAGAGGCUCUUGCGGAAGGCAGGGAUGAGCGGGGAAACAGCGUUCUGCACAUGUGCUGCGGCAAUGGGCACAUUGAUGUGCUCGAGUACAUCCUCCCACUUGUACCCUCCUCUCUUCUGACGGCCACGAACGAGGCCGGCUCGCCUCCUCUCCACUAUGCGAUCAUGAACAACAAGACUGAAUGCGUCAAGAAGCUUGUCGAGCUGCCAGAAGAGCAGGGAGGUGGUCUUCCCAUAUUAAAACAAAAGAAUGCCAACGGUCGAGACGCUUUCCUCGAAUCCUGCUGGUCUGGUGAAGGCAAGGAAGAAGUCUCUGGCUGGAUCGAGGGUUAUCUUUACCGAGUCGAGGGUGCCGACGACGAGGACUAUGAGGCGCAGGCAAAGGAAGUCAAGAUGGAGGAGGGCGAUGAGGUGGUUCAGGCCGAGGCUUCCGCUGUUGAUGAACUCGCGGAGAAGGCCGAGGGCCUUGAUGUCAAGGAGAAGGAAAAGUAG